AUGAUAACCAUCAUAGUAGGACUUACACAUACUCAUUUAUUGAAUUUUUUUUUCUGUUUUCAGGAAAGUGAACUGAAUUCAUUCCUGUGGACUAUUAAACGCGAUCCUCCAUCCUAUUUCUUUGGAACUAUCCAUGUUCCAUAUACACGAGUGUGGGAUUAUGUGCCAGAAAAUACCAAAAAGGCUUUCAAACAGGCUGAAAAUAUUUUCUUGGAGCUGGAUCUUACAGACCCUUACACAAUUUCAGCAUUGUCAAAAUGUCAACUUUUGCCUCACGGAGAAAAUUUAUCCAAUGUGUUGCCACAGGAUAUUUAUAACAGAUUGAAGAAACAUCUGGAUUAUGUACGUGAUGCCUUGCCAGAAUGGAUGACUGCUGAUCAGAAAGGACGAGGACUAUAUCCAGAUUAUUUAUUUAAUGCUAUAGCGGGUAAUUGGGAAAGAAAGAGACCUGUGUGGGUAAUGUUAAUGGUCAAUUCAUUAACAGAAGGGGAUAUAAAAUCACGUGGAAUACCAGUUUUGGACCUCUAUUUAGCUCAAAUGUCUGAACAACAAGGAAAAGUGACCGGUGCUGUGGAAAGAGUAGAAGAACAGUGUGUUCCUUUAAAUGAAUUAAAUUUUUCACAGGUAGUGUUUGCAUUAAACCAAACACUAUGGCAACAUGAAAUUUACCGUCAAGGGAAGGAAUCCAUGCCGUAUACAACUGAUGAUUUAAUACAGCAUUAUAACUGUGGUGAUUUGAACUCAAUUAUAUUUAAUCAUGAUACUGCUCAGGUGCCAACUUUAGUCAAUACCUCACUACCUCCUAGUGAUUUACAUAGGGCCCAGACUAUCGAUGACUAUUUCCGUAAUGAGCUUAUAGAUAAACGAAAUCAAAGAAUGACAGAACGGGUUAUACAUCUUCUACAAAAAUAUCCACAGAAAAGUUUCUUCUUUGCUUUCGGUGCAGGUCAUUAUUUAGGAAAUAAUACAGUGAUAGAUAGAAUGAGAGAGGCAGGUUUUGAUGUUCAACAUACUAGUCCAGAUUACACCAUACCAGAGUAA